CAUAAUUACUGGCUGAGUUUAUCUUCAUUACGCAAGUGUGCGUAGGAUAAGUUCAGCAUUACAGUGCCGUCCAUGUCCGCGUGAGUCAGAGAGUGAGUGGAUUGGAAAAUGAGGCUGGCGAUCGGGGCUGUCCGUCCGUUCUCUCUCCCAACCGUCCAACACGUGUCAUCUGUUCGCUGUUGCGUGGUUUCCAAGCGUGUGAAGCUCGGGACUAAGUGGACGGAGUACCAAGGUUGCAAGAACUGGGAAGGCUUGCUUGAACCGCUUGAUGAGAAUCUAAGGGCUGAGAUACUCCGAUACGGAAAGUUCGUCCAAGCCGCUUACAACGCCUUCGACUUCGACCCCACAUCCCCAUCGUAUGCCACGUGUCGGUUGUCCAAGCACAACCUACUUCCUCUCUCUGGCUUGGACAACGCCGGCUACCUCACUACCAAAAACCUACACGCCACGUCAGGCAUCCAGAUGCCAGGCUGGGUCGACAGGGCGCCUAGUUGGUUCUCCAAGCAGUCCAGCUGGAUAGGCUACGUGGCAGUUACAGAAGACGAGAGGGAAAUUAAACGGCUAGGAAGGCGCGACGUGGUCAUCGCCUAUCGGGGCACGGUCACGUGCCUGGAGUGGCUGGAGAACAUGCGCUCCAUGCUGACUCACCUCCCCGACUCCACGUCGGACUGUGGGCCCAUGGUGGAGAGUGGUUUCUGGAGCCUUUACACUUCCAGCACUCCCACGGGCCGGAGCUUAUGCGAGGAGGUGAGGGAAGAGGUGGGGCGCAUUUUAGAAAAGUACAAGGGCGAGCCUAUCAGCAUAACGGUAACGGGCCACAGCCUCGGCGCGGCGCUCGCAGUUCUAACGGCGUAUGACAUCAGGACGUGCUUCCGUCAGUCGCCGUUGGUGACCGUUAUCUCCUUCGGCGGUCCACGUGUCGGGAACCAGAGUUUCAAAUCCCACUUGGAACAACAAGGAAGCAAGGUGCUGCGCAUCGUCAAUACCCACGACGUCAUCACCAAGGUCCCCGGCAUCGUACUGGAGGAUGACGUAGCAGAGAUACGGGAGUGCCAGCAGGGAAACGCCGUGCCGAGCUGGAUACGGGAACGGCUUAAGGAAACGAGAUGGGCGUACGCUGACGUGGGACGGGAGCUCCGAGUCAGCACCAGAGACUCGCCCUUCCUCAUUGGCCACAUAAGCAAUGUCGCCACGUGCCACGAGCUGGACGUGUACCUCCAACUGGUGAACGGGUUCGCCACGUGUCCCUUCAAGGCGACUGCCAGGCGUGAGCUGCUGAACUGGAUUCCCACGCAAGCGUCGUUCUCCCUUCGAGAGAAAGCGCGCGUGUGAUGAGUUCGUUUCCAGAAUGGACUCGGAUUCAGCUGACGUGUAGUGUAUUUUUGUAAAUACAACGGAUAGAAAAGCAUUGCCCUAUUAACAGA